GGCGUUCAGAAUCUUUAUAACCGUAUGGAAAGGAUGUAUCUUCUUGGUCCAGAGUUUAUUGAUAUUACCUGGAAUGCUGGUGGAACUUCUUCGCAACUAACGAGUGAGAUCACUGCCACUGCACAGUCUGUGUACGGUUUAGAGACUGUUAUGCACUUGACUUGCACCAAUAUGCCAAAAGAAAAAAUCGAUAAGGCAUUAAAGGAUGCCAAAGAAUGCGGCUGUCAAAAUAUUCUUGCUCUUCGUGGGGAUCCACCAAGGGGUCAGGAUCGAUGGGAAGCAUGCGAAAAUGGAUUUUUAAAUGCCAUUGACCUUGUUCAUUAUAUUCGCGCCGAGUAUGGUGAUUAUUUUGGCAUUUGUGUGGCAGGUUAUUGCGAAGGUCACGUUGAUAACCCCGACAAAGAGGAUGAUAUGCGGCGCCUCAAAGAAAAAGUAGAUGCUGGUGCAGAUUUUGUAGUGACUCAAGUAUUUUAUGAUGUAGAUAUAUUUUUGGAUUGGAUUAAAAAGUGCCGUGCAAUUGGUAUUACUUGUCCUAUUAUUCCGGGAAUUCUACCAAUUCAAAACUAUACUGGAUUUAAUAGAAUAAUAACCCUAUCAAAGACUAUUGUUCCCCAAUUUGUCUUGGAUGCUUUGGAACCUAUUAAAGAUGAUGAUGCUGCUGUGAAAGAAUAUGGAAUCAAAUUAGCUGUUAAUAUGAUUAGAAAAAUGUAUGAAAAUGGGAUUGAUGGUUUUCAUUUUUAUACUAUGAAUUUGGAAAGAUCUACACGUCUGAUAUUAGAAGCUCUGGAGUUUGUAGCACCGGUGGAAAAUGUAAAACCGCUACCAUGGUGCCCGGCCAAAGAAGCUCUCGAAUUAUGGGGCUAUCCCUACACUUUGAAUGAUAUCUUAUCUAUCUUUGUUCAAUAUUGUCGUGGGGAAAUUAUAUCCCUACCAUGGUCUGAUCAAUCACUUGCCCAAGAGACUGAAGUCAUCAGAGAUCGUUUAGCUUAUAUAAAUUCAUUGGGAUAUUUAACAAUUAAUUCUCAACCUGCCGUAAAUGGUGCUCGCAGUGAUGACAAGGCGUAUUUAGAAAUUUUUGUUUCACCUACAAGACUCGAUUCUCUGACCGCGAAAAUUGAACGUGAUCCCAACAUAACAUUUUAUGCGGUCAACAAACAGGGUGACUUGAAAACUAAUACUCAGAGUGAAGGACCUAAUGCUGUCACAUGGGGAGUAUUCCCUGGCAAAGAAAUUAUUCAACCAACAAUUGUUGAAGCUGUGAGCUUUAUGGCCUGGAAGGAUGAGGCUUUCGAAUUAUGGAAUGAAUGGGCUAAAAUUUAUGAACCUGAUUCUAUAUCUCGGAAAUUGAUUUCACAAAUAGCGGAGAAUUGGUAUUUGAUCAACAUUGUGUAUAACGACUUCCAUGACGGUGAUAGUAUUUUCAAAAUUUUUGAUCAUGAUGCAGAUAACCUAUUAGAUGCCGAUCGUUGA